AUGGAGAAGGAACAUUGGAAGAUGGAGCAAGAGGUAGGAGAAGAGGAAUUGGAGGAGGGGACACCCAGCUAUAGGAAAGACCGAUGGCUGGUCUACCCUGGAACUAUACCUUCGGAGUUAAGCAGGAUGAAAUUCCCCAAGCUCCCUCCACCACGGAGAUCGCAUCUCGCAGCCCUCGAACCCGAAGCGCCCAUGUGGCUAGACUUGGACAAACACAUGGAGACGCCCAUGCUGAUAGCGGCAGGAGCCAUGGGCGGCUUGGGCAACCCACACUUUAUGACACCAUACAACUCAAGGCCCAAGAUAGCUACGAGGGGAGAUGAAGGCUUGAAGAUAUCCUUGCAGCUGGAAUUGAAGAUUCUGGCAGAUCUGGGUCUUGUUGGUCUCCCCAAUGCUGGAAAGAGCACGCUUCUUCGCGCGUUGAGCAAUAGCCGGGCACGAGUGGGUAACUGGGCCUUUACGACGCUGCAGCCGAACGUUGGCACUGUUGUCCUGGAUAACCACAAGGGUCGACCACUCGUCACGUCACGUAGACCGAAUGGGGAGCUGCGAGAGAACUUUACCGUUGCCGAUGUGCCAGGGCUGAUUGAAGAUGCGCAUCUGGACAAGGGACUCGGGCUGGGCUUCUUGCGACACAUUGAGCGCGCUGCAGUACUCGCCUUCGUCAUUGACUUGUCUGCUGGCGAUGCUGUAGCUGCGCUUAAACUUCUUUGGCGCGAAGUAUCCGAAUACGAGACGUUGCGCGGAAAAGAGCUCAACGCGGAGACGGAGCGCAGAAUGGUGACUUACAGGCCUCCUGGCCGCAGCCCACCACCCAGUGACCCGUCUGAUGUCCUCGACUCGCCGCAUCUGGACCCAUCCCCUAAACCUCUCCCUUUUCUUACCACAACACCAAUCUCUUCAAAGCCAUGGUUUGUGGUUGCGACAAAGGCAGACUUGCCGGACACGCAGGCCAACUUUGAAGCUCUUCUUCAGUAUCUGGGUGAAGUGAGCAAGGGCACGCAGGCGCAUCCAAGUAACCGUAAGCAUGCAUGGAAGCAGAAUGUGCAAGCUGUGCCGAUUAGUGCGAUACAAGGAGAAGGUGUGCAAGUCAUUCCACAGUUGGUGAUGGACUUGUUGGACGAGUAG